CGGCGGACGGGCCGGGGCCGGCGCUGGCGCGAGGCCCGCGGCUUCCUGGCGCGCGUCGCGCCGUGACUGUGGCGGAACGCCCCGAACGGGUGCGCUCGGCCUUCGCGGGCCGGAGGCUUGGGUGUGCGGCUCGGGCCAUUUUUCCUUUUUUAGAACAAAGAAAUGUGCUCCUGCCAGGUGGUGGCUGUCCCGAGGGCGCGAGAGGGCCGCGGGUCACCUGCGGGGGGGAAGGGCGCGUCUCCGGGUGGCCUGCGGCCCGGCGGGUCCGUCGAGGAGUGGCUGCCGUGGAGGGCCCGCAGCGUCCGCUUCGGGCUUCAGGUGGCACCGGACCUUCUGCGACUUAAAGUGUUGCUUUGAUGCAGCAGGAACGGGGCGUCCUUAGCACUAGGGGUUUUUUGUUGUUGUUGUUGGGUUUUGGCUGUUUAUUUUGAAGGCUUAUGUGUUUUUUUAAUACCUUCAGUUUGGGGGUCUUGUUUUAUUUUUGCUACUUCCAUUUUCCUGGUUCAUUUUUGCCACGUAGUUCCCUGGAAUAAAGAAAUAACAUUGCAGUACACUUCAAGGAUGUUACGUGCUGGUUUGCAAGGCUUUCUUUAAGGUAGAAGGAAAUUUUCUAAUUAAUCUAAGCAUUGGGGGACUUUUACUGUGUGUGAUACUGAACAGUUGCUCUAAGAUUGCUCUGUCUUACGUAAAUUGUUCACAGCCUUUGAGCGUAGACUACUCUUAACACGGGUCAGGCUUCCCCUCCCCACAUAUAUCCCUCUCUUCUGUAUGUGCACCCUUCUAAAAUGAACCCUAAAACUAUCUUGGGUUACAUAGCCAGACCCUGUCUCAAAAAGCCCAAGACCAAACAGUAAGUGCUGUUUGUAAAAAAGCAAUCCUUUUCUAUCCCAGAAUGAUCUAGUCUGAAUUUCAGACUGAGUCCACUGUUACCUUAAGGUUAGCUAUUAAUCUAUGAAAAAAAGCAGCACAUGGGAUAGAUGCUAACAGUAUUAACGUAAAGAAAGUGUCACUUGUUUUUUUGGCAGUACUGGGGUUUGAACUCAUAGCCUCCAGAUUGCUUGACAGGCACUCUACCACUUGAGCCACGCCCACAGACUUUUUGCUUUUGUUUUUCUGAUAGGGUUGCAUUUUUGCCCUGGCUAUCCUCAGACUGAUUCUUCUACCUGUACCUCCCAUGUAGCUGGGAAUGCGGUGUACCCCUCCAAUCCCCUCCCUGCUUAUUUUUUGGGAAGAGAGCUCCCUAACUUUUGCAGGCUUGACCUUGAAACUCGAUGGUCUCCUGAGUACCUGGGAUUACAGAUAUGAGUCCCAUGCCCAGCCCAUAACUGACUUUUAAAAGUGACAGAAUCCAGUCUCCAGUUAUGGCUCUGGAUUUGUACAGUUUGGAACAAUUCCUUGGUUAAAGCUCAAGUUCUGUACAUAGAUGACAGUGCUUUGGCUAAAGUUUUCAAAUUAAAACAUCCACCCUUAAGAAAGUUACUUUGCACCUUAGAACAUUUAAUUUUGAGGAAGACUAUCCCUGCAUGGGUAGGCUCAAAAUAAGUUAAUGGUGGAAUACUUUUCCAAGUAGUAAUAAUCUGUUGAGAUAUAAUUACUUAGUCUCCUCAAAUUAGAAUUGAUUAGAUUUAAAUAUUUCUUGAGGCUUCUUGCAGAAAGUGAUGAUCACAGAAUUCUCAUCAAUUUAUGAUGAUACCUGCUUUAUCUUAUUUGCUCUGAAGUGGGCAUUUAUUCCAAAAGUCCUAUUAUUUUGAUUCUGUCAUAAGCGUGUCUCUACCCUGUUCUAAUUCCCCUAGUGAUUUUGAAGUAAAGUUUCUGAAGGAGUACUGAAAAUGCGAUUUAUGUUCAGGUUACACAACUUGGCCUACCGGUGGUUUUUGUCAAAAACGUCAGGUGAGAUGAAACAAUGCUGUGAAGACUUCUCUGACUUCUGCCCCCCCUUGAAUGAGGGGAAGUUAACAUGAAUUGAGAAGGGAAUCUGGGGACAUUUCAUUCACUCUCUGCCUUAAUUCUCCCAGUAUCUCAGAGAACAGGUAUCUCCAUAGACACUGGAGUGAGACUGAGCCUUUGGUCCUUUGGUUAUGUCACACAGUUGUUGAAUGGCAUUGGAAGUGACCACAUCUUUCCACUGGUCCAUAUAACUUCCAGUGAGCCGUGAGAGUGUCAGUGGAGUUGUAGUUAUUUGGUCCAUAAUGAGGUGAAGGAGGCAUUAAAGUGUUGUUUUGUUUGAGACAGGGUCUUGCUAUGUAGCCCAGGCUAGUCUUGCACUCACCAUUCUACCUCUGUCUCUUUAGUGCUUGGAUUAUAGGUGUGCACCACCAUGCCUAGUUAUACCACGCUAAUUUGUUACUGUAUUCAUUUGUGGAAUUUUUUUUGUGGCUACUGGGGUUUGAAGUCUGGGGCCUGAGCACUUGGUAGGCAGGCACUCUACCAAUUGAGCCAUGCCUGGACCCUUUUUUUCUUUGGGUAUUUUUGAGAUAGGGUUUUGUGUUAUGCCUAGGCGUUCUGCCAUCCACUAUGUAUGCUUUCUCCAUAGCAUGACAGAUACUAUUUUUGAAAGUCAAGAAACUGGAAAGGCCGUUGUUUACCUUGUGGCUUUCCAUCUGUUCUUUGUUAUGUUUGUAUGGUCCUAUUGGAUGACAAUAUUCACGUCUCCCGCUACCCCCUCCAAAGAGUUCUACUUGUCCAAUUCUGAAAAGGAGCGUUAUGAAAAGGAAUUUAGCCAAGAAAGACAACAAGAAAUUUUGAGAAGAGUAGCAAGAGACUUACCUAUCUACACCACAUCAGCUUCCAAAGCUAUCAGAUACUGUGAAAAAUGUCAGUUGAUUAAACCUGACCGGGCACAUCACUGCUCAGCGUGCGACACAUGUAUUCUUAAGAUGGAUCAUCACUGUCCUUGGGUGAAUAACUGUGUGGGAUUUUCUAAUUACAAAUUCUUCCUGCUGUUUUUAUUGUAUUCCCUGUUAUAUUGCCUUUUCGUGGCUAUAACAGUUUUAGAGUACUUUAUAAAAUUUUGGACGAAUGAGCUAGCAGAUACACGUGCAAAAUUCCACGUGCUUUUUCUGUUCUUUGUGUCUGCAAUGUUUUUCAUCAGCGUCCUCUCACUGUUCAGCUACCAUUGCUGGCUAGUUGGAAAAAACAGGACAACUAUAGAAUCGUUCCGUGCACCUAUAUUUUCAUAUGGAACUGAUGGAAAUGGUUUCUCUCUUGGAUACAAUAAAAAUUGGAGACAAGUCUUUGGUGAUGAAAAGAAAUAUUGGUUACUUCCAGUGUUUUCAAGCUUGGGUGAUGGUUGCAGUUUUCCAGCUCGCCUUGUGGGGAUGGAUCCAGAACAAGCUUCUGUUACAAACCAAAGUGAAUAUGCCAAAAGUAUUGGCUCAAAUCAACCUUUUCCUAUCAAACCACUUAGUGAAUCAAAAAACCGUUUGUUGGACAGUGAAUCUCAGUGGCUAGAGAAUGGAACCGAAGAAGACAUCAGCAAAUCAGGGACAAAUAACCAUGUUACAGUGGCAAUAGAAAAUUGAGUACCACUUGUUCAUAACUAACCAUUUGAUAAGAGCAAGGUAUAUAAAAACACAUGUGGACUAAUAUUUUCUACUUUAUUUGCAAGAAAGUGAUCAGUGGAAUGAAAUAAUUCAAGUAUAACAGAAGAUAUAUUUUUUAAAAAAGGAGGCCUUUGUACAGUUUGCUGGAUCCACAGAAGCGCUAUGGAGAAGAAAGAUGCCUUAACUUUUAAGUGUUCAUGUGUGCAGCAUUGACUCACAGCUCAAAAGUGACUUAAUUUUACUGUGGAAAUAACACAUGCCUGUUAGGAGAUGCUAUAGUGUGUGCUGUCAUCACGUUAACAUGGCAUAAAUACAUUUUUUGAUACUUGAGUUGCAAUGUUAGAGUUGUUUCUUAGUAUCUAUAUAAAUUUUCACUCCAAAAACACAAGCUAAAAACUUGUCUUAAAUGAAGUGCAUGUAGGGCAAAUGGUAGCUGAGAGCAAGUAAUGCCCAAAUUACUGUCGCUUGCACUGUAUGAAGGAAAGAAAAGAACUGCUUUUUUAAAAUUGGGUGUUUGCUAAUUUAUAAUUACUGUUUUAUACUUUUCAACAUUUUUAAUAAAGUUUUUUUUAUUGUUGGCUAUAAAGUAACACUCAGAAGGAUUCAGAUAAUCAUUUAGAAUAUAGAACACAUCGGUAUAAUUCAUUGAAGGCUUAGUUAGAAGAAUUAAUGCGACCCUGUAGUAUAGUUUCUGCCCAAGGCUUAAAGGGAACUUGGCAGUAUAAAGAAUAUUUUGGGUGCUCUCUGCAUUUUAAUUCAUUUUUGCUGAAUUUUCAAGGGUAUUUAUUUGGGCAGGGAAACUCAAAGGCAUAUGUGGUAUAGAAAGAUUAGAAGUGAUCAGAAAAAAAACAAGGAGAAAGGCAGGAUAUUGUAAACUGUUACAAAAUAUUUUCAGUCCUAAGGGUAUUUAGAAUAAAACAUACUGUUAAGUUGACUUUCAAACUUCAGUUUAGGUAAUGACUAAAAAAGACUGUGAAACUUUUAACAGGAAUACUACAGUACCUUAAAUAGUGGCAAUUCAAACUAGUAAAAUCCUUUAGAAGAAAUUGUAAACCUUAAUAGUCAUUUAAAACUUCCAGUCUCUGAGAAGUGGAUUCUACUUUGAAAUGAAAAAUCUUAAACCUGAUUUCCUAAGAACAACCCCUUUCCAUGAGACACGCUUUGUUUAAAAUCUAAUGUCACUGACAACAAUAGUUAUAUUCUACAGAAUAGUACAGUAUCCUAUAAAAAAUAGGCAGUGUAAAAAUAUUUUUCCUCAUUUACUGCUUAAUUGAACACACACAUACCAAAACGACUGCUUCCUGUAGGUGGGCAGAAAGAAACCUUACCAGCAUCUGUAAGGAUCAGAGGUUGUAGUUCAUCUGAACAUGGGAUUGCAGGAGAGAGAGGGUGCCCUGAAUGAGUUGGUGUGCACAACUUCCAACAUUCCACAGUGCUUUUCAGUCAGUCAACAGGUAUUUCUGGAGUACCUUCCCAUACAUGGAAGGUAUGCUGAGGGAUAGCUCUGUAAUUUGCUAAUCUUGCAUCAUCAGGUAGCUGCUGCUCCAGGUUUACAAUUUGGUGAAAGCUUUGUCAGAUUCCCACAGGCUAUACUCUUUAUUUUCACCCUUUGGACCAAAGGAAUGAAUAAGCUUUGAAAACGUAGUUUGGAGGACGAUAGUAUAGAUGCUUCCACUUUUGUCUCAUCUCUUUAGUCUUACCAGUCUUGAUUCUGGAAAACUAGAAUGAGAGAUAGGAAAUAUCAAAUUAUCAACCAGAACCAUAACUUCUUUUUGAUGGUUUGCCUAUUAUAAGGGAUUAGUAAAUGUUUAAACAUACUUGAUCACUUCAGAAAUGUCUGGUUCUCCUGUGAGUAUUUCUUCUUGUAAAUCAAAGGAUUUACAUGUGUCUGGCUAACAGUUGAGGAAGCAUCAUUUUCCCUUUAAUCUACUCAGCACUUUUGUGGAGUUAUAAUCUCUUUUCAUUUGCUACUUAACAUCAUCUUUAAUACACAAUAAACACUUUUUCCUAAAUUUUUAUUUAAGGGCUUUUGCUUUAGUUACAUUUGAUUUAACUUAUAGCAAACAUUUUGCCAUAUUUAAAUAUUUAGCUUUUUUUUUUUUUCUUCAGUUCUAAGGAUCAAACUCAGGGGCCCUUGUACAUGCUAGGGCGGGCGCUCUUCCACUGAGUCACAUUCCCUGCCCAAGCUAAACUUCUUCACACAGAUGAAUGACCAUUCACUGAGGGCCUACAAGUGGUAUGGGAGUCAGGGAAACACUGCCUCUUUGAUAUUUCAACUGACAUUAAGUAUUGCUAUCAACUGUUUAGAGAGAUAAGGUUAAACUGAAGCCUUGCCAAAAUUCCUAAUUACGAUCUUUUGUCCUUCAAGCACUUGAACAUUUGUGAAGAUACUCAGAAAAUUAGUUUCAGGUCUUGCCGUUGCCAUUAAAACAAACUAAACAGGAGACUUGGUUUACCUGACUACAAAUUUACUUGAAUAUUCAGUACCUGAGGCAUCUGAUCAGUGUCAUGAUGCCAAACCAAAGAGCAGCUGUAGUAUAACAGUUAUUAAAAAUGAACAUGUUUACAAAGCUCACUUUCAUCUUUACCUAAGGAUGAUAUUUUUAGAAAGUCUUCUUAAAUAUGCAGUGGUUAUGAUCCAGUGUGUCUGUCAUAAGUGAGUAUGUAAUUGUAAGUUUAGUUUAAAUGAAAUAUGCAAUGAUUACUUGAAUUUUGUUUCUAUUAGAAAGCAAGUUUUGACUAUGUUUACAAGACUUUAAAAUGAUCAGACAUGAGGUCUUCAGUUAUUGUUAAAGCAAAUCUAUAUUAAGGGCUUAUUGUUAGGACCUGCAUAUUUGGACUUCAAAGACAGUAACUUACAUAUGUUUCACUUACAUUGUGUUCUGCAAACUAGCACUGCUAUCAAUGGAUGGGUAUUUUUAACGAAUCUGUUCUAAUAAAUUAAUCAUAUUUUUGCAUUUUCAUCUAAACUAAAGAGCAUAGUCUAAUAAUCUAUUAGAUAUAGGUUAUAUUUAAAUCUGAAAUCCAUAUGUUUCAUAUGAUCUGAACUAUUUUUCAAUUUCAAUUUAAAAUGCAAUAUAGAUUCAGAAAGGUCCGUAUUUUUCUAAUGGCUUCACUCUGUUAUUUUGUUUGGUUGCGUAAAAGAAGCAAGGAAUUAAGAGAGUACGAGCUGUUCAGUUUGUUAUAUUCGUACUGAUUGCAGAUGAGUCUGUGCCCAUUUGAAAGAAAAGCUGGACACUAUUUUAAAGUGGUCUUUAAUAUGCUUUUAUAUAAAAAUAUUUGCCACAUGGUUUCCCUUAGUUUUCAUUACUUGUCAAGUGCCAGAGCCUUGUGUUUGGUUUUUGUUUGUAUAACCCUGGACUGUGACCUGGGCUCACUCUGCUUUGUCUUUUGGAUGCCUAACCUGCAUUAACGUGUACAGAACAUUUUAAAACUUUUUUUUCAAAAAUCAAAAUUACUUUAUUAAUAAAUAAAUAAAGAUACAUUCUUGAUUUUGAACAGUUUUUGUUAUAAAGUGGUACUUACAAAAUGAGAAAAUAAUUACUACUUUGGUCAACUUGAAAAUCUGUGUGGUUAGAGAAAGAUUGACUAGUAAAUUGGGAAUCUCUAGUAUAAUUUCAGCACAACAGAAUUGUAGCUCACUUAUUUUCAUCCCAAACCUGUAGGGUUUAACUUAACUCUUGCUGAACGUAAUUUAAUUUCAGAAGUUUUCUAGG